GGUUUCAAUACUAGCAACUUGACACUUACCCCACUACACAAUCUCUUUUCUUUUUAGCCUCUAAAUUUAUUUAUAUAAUAAUAACGAGCCUUUGUUAUAAGACAAUAAAACAUAACAUUUUUUAAGGUUGUUCAAUGAGAUGAAGAAGAAAUGCGAACUGUGCAACAAUCCUGCAAAAUUGUUCUGUGAAUCAGAUCAAGCUAGUCUUUGUUGGGAAUGUGAUACAAAGGUUCACACUGCAAACUUCAUCGUCACAAAGCAUCACAGGUUUCUUCUAUGUCAUAUUUGUCAAUCUCUAACACCUUGGCAUGGCACUGGACCCAACUUUGUACCUACCAUCUCCCUAUGCAACCACUGUGUCUCUCUUACCAACAAUAACAAUCAUGAUCAUGAUCAUCAUGGUGACACAGAUGAUGAUGAUGAUGAUGAAGAAUAUCAAGUGGUUCCAUGGACAUCUCCACCACAAGUUUCUACUAGUUCUUCAAACAGUUCAACUAGUAAUACCAAAUAGUAUAUAUAAAUAUCAUGUUUUGCUUCCUCUGUUCAUUUCUUUUUUGUCUUCCACAUGAAAGAUAUAUAGUUCUUGAUAAUUCAUAGAUUGGUAAAAAAAUUAGUUUCUUGUA